AUGGAACUUUCCUUGGGCAAUAUCAACUCUCUGGCACCAGGCAGACUGCAGUACUGUAUCAAGGUAAGUUAAGUUUAUGUUCUCAUUUCGUAUGGUGAAGCUGUCGUCUCAUAAGGAUAUACAAUUAUUUUAAUUAAGGUUGACAGAUUGUCAAAAUUUGAUAUACCCAUCUUCCUGUUAGCUCCAAAAGCGAACAGGAAGAUGGAUAUACCAAAUUUUAAUAUUUCAAGUUUUUGAAAUUUUCUGGGGUAUACGUACUGUACAAUGUCAUGCUUUACAGUAAAUUAACACUAUAAAUUAUAAUCUUACUACCAUGGCGCUUAAAUUGUACGUUUGGAUAUUUCUUGUGACAAUUGUAACCUUCAUUGAAUUAGCAGUAUGUUGAAUGAAAGUUAACAUCAUGGCGUCAGAGCUACCUGCAAACCUUAGCCAGAAGGUCUUGGCACGUUAAAAACUUCCCAACGUCUUUUGACGUCUUUGGGAACGUUGACCCAAACGAUUGUUUGUUUAUUUUACAAAGUAAAACUAUCUGAAACAAUCCUAUUUCAAUCGUAUUGUUAUACUGUACUUUGAAACAAUUUAGCCAAGGACUUCAAAGAAAAAACAAGUCAUAAUCUUUUACAAAAUAAGUUGACAAAAAACUUGAGACCGAUGAUAUUAAUUUGAUGAUAUUAAUUUGUAUAUUGCUUAUACUAUAUAAUGCUGUAGUGGGAGGGUGCCAAUAGAAACUUACAGUUUUGUUUCUAUCUUUUGUCAAUUAAGAAGUAUGCUCAUUUCAAGUAUUUUUUUUCGCGACAAAUAUACUCAACUCAAUUCCAACUGAAAUGAUGUGUGCAAAAAUGUAAUGAUAUAGUAUUUGAUUCCCAAAUAGAUUAUGAUGAAUGUAAUCCAGCAUCAAGCAUUCAUAUUCAAGACUGUGGUACUGGAGCAACAUGUACCAACCAAAUAGGAACAUAUUCUUGUCAAUGCGAUACUGGUUAUGAAGGAACUCCACCUGGUUGCGCAGGUAUGUAUACAGGGUGUAUCAAAAUAAACGCAAUUCAUCUUUUGUGCUUAAUAACUUUCGAAAUACUAUUUCUAGUUAAACGCUUUUAGGCUUACUUCAAAGCCUGUUCUUUUCUCUUUCAAACAAACUAUUAUCCUUGUCUCCAAUGCCAGUAAUAAUUGCACAGGAAAAGAUUUAGUAAAACCUAUCAUUUUUAGUUGCUGUUUAAUUAUGCAAGUUUACUAUGUUAUUGUUUAGUCGGUUUAAAUGUUAGAAUUUUCUUCUUUAAACUUUAAUGUUGUCGUCACUACAUCUGGAAAACCACGUAAGAACAAAUUAAAAGUAUUUUAAAAGAGACCAGGUUGUUUGAAAAUCCCAAACGAAUGCUAAAAAUCAUAGAAUCAAAACAUUCUGGUGUCUGAGCCAGAGUGUCAUCGAAUUGCGAUGUAAUGUAAACAGAAAUUAUAGCAAGCUGAUGUCAGUCAGCUUAGAUGGUCCAAACCAAAAUUAUAUCGCAUUUGAAGUUUCAAACUGUGUUAAAAAUAGUGGAAGAAAAGCCGUAAUUAUACUUAUUGUUACAAUCCAUUUAUUAAAAUGCAACAUGUUUUUGUUUUAAUGAAAAAACCCAGUUAUUUUCAUGAGAACGAUUUGUUAUUCCAUCUCAAUUUUUCUAAUCUCCAAUCGCAAUAACGUAAAGUAUUAUUACCCGCGAACCAAUGAGUCCAAUUUAAGAAACAACCCACUGUUAGAAAGCUGAAUGCCUACGCUUUAAAAUGAAUGUAAACUUUAACGUUUUCGUCUAUUAUUUGUUUAGCAAUUUACAUUUCAGUCGAGGAUUGCGCUUUUUUUGAUACACCCUGUAUAGUUGAAUUAUUUUUGAUCACGUGGUUAAAAAAUCUGAUGGCGAGUAAGGUGUCUCAAACGGUUUGAGGUUUGUUAAAUAUCUCAUUUCCGACUGAAUGUUAUGGAACAAACAUCAUAAAAUGGAAAGUAUAAACAAAACCAAAGCUAAUUUCGUUUGGAGGGAUGCAGCUAAUUAAACAAUAAUAUGACAUUCAAUUCAACGUUUCAAGCAGAGGCUCUUCAAUUCGUCGAAAGUUAGUGAGUUAUUUUUAGUCGGGAAUUUCGUAGCUGGUUAUUUACUUACUUCACCACGAAGGGCUUCAAAACGUCAAAUUUUUCCUUAUCUUUUUCAAGUAGUUGCAUCCCAACCAACGAAAGCUUUGUCAUUAUUGGCACUAUACCUUCACUGGCACAGACAGUUCAAGAUUAUGGACACGAACAUGCCGUGAAUGAAUUUCAAAUGAUAAUGCAUAAUUAAGAAUAAUACUACAUUGUAGUUGGAAAAUCAAUUUAAUUGGGUACGUGCUUACAGUUAAAUCGCGCAAUCGCGCAACCUACAGAAAAUUCAGUUAUCUAGAUCUGCUAGCAGAUACUGAGUUAUCUGCAAAUGAGCCUGCGAUCAUUAGGAAGCGGUAUCUAUUUAACACAAACAAAUGUAUAAUAACAGGUGGGAAAUUUGUCUACGCAUGCGCCACAAUUUGCGCGGUUUAAGAGAAAAAGACUUGGGGCGAGUAAACAUAGUAAUUUGAUUUUUGAGCGUUUUAUUUGCGUUUUUAGUCUCGUUCUUUCUGCUAACCAAAACAUUGUUAAUCUAUUGCAUUAUUGGGAAGGCGAGGAAGGUAUCAAAGUAUAAAGAGGCUAAAAAAAUUCCAACUUUUGCGUAACCUUAUACAUCGGAACUGCCUCGGAUUCCGAUGGAAAUGUCCAAUAAUUCCUACUACUCCGCAUUUUUAGAUGAAUGAAUUAUCUCCAAAUAUAAAGUACAUGUUUUAAGGAGUAGUUUAAACCAUAUUUCGUUUUGAGGCUCUCGGCUAGAUUUUAAAAUAUUUUAAUUUUUUUUAUUUCAUUGUGCUAACCUUUACCCCCAUAAAUCACCCCGUAUUAGAUUGGAGAGAGAUGGAAACGUAUUCGCAUGAUUUCAAAACGGAUCAUAUUUUCAAUGGAUAUGCUUUUACGAACAGGAUUAGCAAACACAUGCACUUUCUAGCGGAAUAUUCAGAGGCACAUAUUCAGACUAUUACAGACUAUAUUAGGCGGUUGUGCCGUUUUUGGUAUCAACCGGUAUUUUCAUAUAAACAAUACUUUGAUUAGUGAGUUAAAAAAUCUUUGAAGAAUAAUUUAGAGAGACUCUCGUUUUGAGGCUCUCGACUAGAUUUUUUACAGUUUUAAGUUGUAAAUUUAGCUUUUUCCUAUUUUUAGCAAAAUCACGAUUUUUGCACUAAGUGUAUUCAAGGAUUUAAUCAUAAACAAACUUUCUAAAGUUAUUUCUGAGUAGAAAAUGCGUUAAAAACAAAUUUUAAACCCACCCUGUGUUUAUUUUUUUAAUUUCAUCUGUCCAGGGAGUGAAAACAACUUGCAUCUUCGAAAAAAGUUAAAUUUCGUCAAUAUUUCGUCGUAGAGAUAAAUAGUUUACAAUUGUCCGAUUCAGUUUGAAGUCUUUUAUCAAGGACAUUUUUCAACAUCCUUGGAAUAAACAAACUUAAAUUAUUGCACAUACACUGUGUUCGUCCCAAACGAGAAGCCCAAAAACUUGUUUUUGCUCAUUUGAAUAAUUUAAAACAAAAUUUUCGCUAGCGCCCGCAAUUUACUGACCAGCGACAGCAAAUUUCCCACCUGUUAUGUGUAAUAAAACAAUUAUUGAAUUCAGUUUUUGCGAUAUGCAAAAUUAUCAAGGCCCUGGCCCAACAAAGCGAACUAGCCCUUUUUAACGGGCCAGCCCGGUUUAUAUGAUUGACAGUUCUUUAAAUAGAAAUUAUCCAAAUUACUUUAAUCAAUGUAAAUAUUACAAUUCUAAAUAUUGCACUUUUAUCGCGGCUUGUUGAUUAUCGUAAAUAUUGCUCAAGUUCAAAUUUACUUCCAACCAGUGCGGAUUAUACGUCCUAUCAAUGAUUAACAAUCAAUGAUAGUUAGUAAUAAGGCAAUAGGUUAUCAUCCUGUUAUCAUUUACUGUAUUUUGUUUUGUAUUACUUUAGCAGCUACCAAAUUAUGCGUUACCAAUAAUAAAAGUUAAAUUUUGCUACUUAUGCAGUGAAUCUUACGGAAAAGCCAUUCUUUGUUGCAAGUAUUGCAAUCAUAUUAGUAUUAUUAUUAAUACGCAACGAAAUAUACAAUAAAUGACAACAAAGUACAAGAGCGGAAAUGAGCGGGUUUUAAUGUUUUGACUGUAAAUAGAAAUAGUCCAUCGUCUAUCGUCUAGGUUCUAGCACAUGCCGCCUUUGUUCUCAAUACUAAUAUUUACCCGAAAUACAACAAGAAGUUGGCGUUCGCUUUAUCAGGUAUACUAAUCACUCCAGUAUAUUGUUCACUUUGUACUACAAUGGAACCACGUUCUUUAUCAUAACGUUCUUUCGUUAAAUGUCAUUGCCGCAAGUUACGACUCUGCACUGUGGCUUUCAAAGCAAAAAGUAGCACUGCUUUAUGCAACACUCCUAUCAAUUGUAAUUGGUGUGACAAUGAGGGUUUACGUUUCCAGUUGCAAAGAAAGUUGAACUUGUUUCAUCAUCGAACCAGUAGCGUUGACAUUAUGGGCGCCCCCUCCUCCGCCAAUGUUUUUCACAGUGUAGGUUUUUGAUUCUGUGAAAUCCAAUGAAAAACUGGGGAUGAGAUGCAAAAUUAUCAGCAGAAAGUGUUAUAUUAUUUGGUCAGAACAACCGAAAAAUUUGUUAAAAUGAUCCAAAUUUUGGUUGUUUUAACCAAUAAAAAACUGGUCAAAUAAGUGCACUAAGACAACCAAAUUUAAAUGAAGCUUUAGUGGAAAGUCACACAAUAACAAAAUAAUAUGGGAUUAUUUUUAUUUUAGAGAUACGUGUAAAGUUUGUAAUAAUUUUACAACGGGAAUUUGUUGAAGAACUAAACGAUAAAUUAUCUCCACUUUAUAUUGAAUUGAAGAAGAACAUCACAGCUGAGGUGAGAUUAAUAUAUCACAUACUUUGAAAUACUCAAAAUACCGACUCUGUUUUACAGGAUGUAUAAAAAAAAACUGAACAGAUUUGAAAUUGCUCUUAAUUUCGUAAAACAGCUACUAGUAUCCAGUUUUUGAUAUAUAUAGCUUCUUUGGGUACUUAUAAUGUAGAAUAAUGGAAAAAAAUUCUCGAACACAAGUUUUGUAAACCAGGGGUGUGUGUCUUUUUCGACAAACUAAAAAUGGCUUGCGCACGAGAUUUAAAAGCUAUAAUCGUAUUUUGAGUUAAUGGAUGAAAAAUGUGUUGGGUGUUUGAUUGCUGCACGAAAUGUCAGACAAUUUGCUUCAGUAUAUAAGCCCUUUAACUAUUCACGCAAACUUACAUUUUCCUAAAAAAUCAGCAAUUUGCAUGCUUAAUUGAUGCAUUUGCCCAAUUUGCAUAUGUCAGCAAUGGGAAAUAGUCUUUACUACGCAUGCCUGAACCGGCCGAUCCACUGGCACAAAGUGUUGUUGCUAUGGGAGAAAUUUCACUUAUUUCUGGCCAUCAUUGAAUGUUGAAUUGAAACAUUUUUUCUCUUGGGAGCAUGUACAUAUACUACUGAAUUUUGUUAUCACACAAUCGUGGCAAUAAUUAAUAAUAAAUUAUUUCUGGUUGGCUGUAGCUGAGCAAUGCGCCUUUUCCCUUGCACUUCACGAAUUGAUAUAAUUAAUUGCCCACAGACACUCGUCAAGUUACUGCCAUCCCAAAACGCUCGAAACAGUUUUUUUUUUCAAUGCGCAAACAAGAUGAAAUAAAGUGUCAUUUUGAAAUUUUGAGACGUACUAAAAAUAUCAACUCUAAUGACCAGUAAAUUUUGAAAGCUUGUCCGGAAUUAAUGUCUCGUUUUUCAAUGAUUUAAAUUUGCUCAGUUACAAAACCAUAGCAAGUUCGUGUAGAAGUUGUAAGAUAAACGUACGAUAAACUGAAUGGUACCCAUGUCCCACAAUGCCCUAACAUCGUGAUGUUAUAUUGAGUAAAACCUUACAUAUGUCCAAUUUGAUUGAUAUAUUUCGUGUGCAUUUGUGUAGUUGUAUGAAAUACUGAAGGAUACACUAAAUUUCCAAGAUGUUGUGGUAUUAGGAUUCAGGUAAAAGAAUGAAAAAUAAACGUAAACCGAAUGACGAUGUCACAUAGCAAAAUUUUUCAACGGCGAUCCGCAACGCUUUGCCCAACCAAUCAAAUUUUGGGUACAAAUCGUCGAUCAAAAGUAAAUCGUUCCGUCGUGUUUUUAUUAAUUUUUUGCCCACAAAAUAUCUUACAAGUAUAGUAAAAAAUAAUUACAUGCAGUAGUAUAAUGGCUAGGGAUCUUUGGAAAUCCGGUUGGACUUUUAUGGUAAGGGCCCUAGUUGUAGUACUCUAGUGAUAAAAACUAUAUGAAAGAAGAAAUUAUAUACAAGAAGAAACUAUUUACAACAUAUUGAAAGAUGAAAAAAUACUAAGAAAUAAAAUUACUACAUUACUAUCAUUAGUAUUCCUAAGGCUAAUGCUAAGGUUUUUAUAAUUCAUUUACAUUAAUUAGAUAAUAACUAAAGCCUGGGAUUUUGCUUUUCCCUUAAAAGAAAAAUAUGUUUUAGUAUUUUUAAUUUCGUUAUCAAGAAAAUUCCAUAAAGGAGUUCCUUUGUUAAAUACAGUAUAUAUACGGGUUUUUUACUCACAUGUAACUUGUUAGAAUUUCGCGUAUUAUAGUUGUGUAUACAUCGUUAUUUCGUUUGAAGUAAUCAUUAUGAAGUCCGGCAAAUUUUGCAAUAAUUGCGACGAUACAUGAAUAAACUACAUAAAUAAUCAAUGAUUUGGUAGAUGUUCAAAAUUUAAAAAUAGUUGUUUUGAAUGUUCCAUUUAGGAUUUAAAACGAAUUAGUUGAACUUACAAUUUUCUUUUGCACAUUCAGUAACUUUUGAAGUCUGGUUGGGUACGCUUUUUCCCAAACUAGAUUUCCGUACGUGAGGUAUGGAUAGACUAAAGCAUAGUAUACCAAUUUUAAACUGUUUUUGUUAGUAAAAUGUCUUAAUUUUGCAAUCAAACCCGCGGAUUUUAUAAUAUUUUUCUGAUCUGGUUCUGUGUUAACGGAAGAUACGGACUAGAUAUUUGGUUGUGAAAAAAUCAAGGACAUAGAAUUAUUUCACGAGAUGUAUGAAACGAAUUAAUGUCAAAUUUCACGAAAUAUACCUUUCUUGCAAAAAUUUUCCAGUCGCUACACUUACGAUAAGAAUCAGACACAAUACUUCAAACUCUUAAUGAUGCAUUUUUCUUGAUACAUGUAUAUCAUAUUGUAGAGCGAGACACAAAAAUAUUUCAUUCUGCUUGUCAGUUUUCUCAGAAAAUAUCCAUUGGUGCUGGGAUAUCAUGACGUUUUCUUUUACGAAGUUUUUUUGCCUAAAAUAACAGUGAAAGGAAUAUUUCAGAAAACUUGAACUUAGGAAAACCAUAAAGAUUAUAAUUACGUUGUAUUAACCCAGGUAGAGUUCUGGGGAAAAAGUCAUCUUUUUCCACUAUAUAAGUGACUUUGUCCACGCGAAGGAAAAAACGAUAUUCAGCAAUUUGGCCAGCGAAAAAGACAUCGCCUCGAAAACUUGUCUGUCCUUGUUGAUUACUCACAUUCCAGAAAUUUGUUUUUUGCUUUGACUUACGCAAACAUAUAUUUUCCUGGUGGAGAAUGGCCUUUAAACUCCUUUGCCUCUAUACCAAUGAAAUCUUGCAUUAGCCAACACAGAAUUUAAUUUUUUUCUUGCAGAGAUGGUUCAGUCAAAGUGGAUGCCGAGGUUAUUUACUCUGCAGACCCAAAAAGCAACCAUACUGCUUUGUACAGUAAUAAUCCGACCGUCAACAAGAAUGUCUUAGUAGCCGAAACACUGAGAAAGAAAAUUCUGGAAGGACGUUUUAAAAAUUAUGAUCUGAAGACUGUUCGCAUUCAAGGUACGGGGGAGGCGGUUGUAUAUAUAUAUAUACGACAGCUGGAUUACCGCUAUCCGCCGGAUAGUGGUUUUACAAGCUUUCUCAAUUUAAAUUGGCAUUUGAAAUAAAGUUUUUCUGUAUUAUUAUUUUCCAUAUUCGUCAUGGUAUCACGUUUCAAGCAUUUUUACAGUAUCCGCUCGAUAGCGCCUGUCAUGUCUUCGUACGAUUAACGUACGCCAGAGCGACCGGAACGCUGUAGUCUUAAUAUAAACUAUCCAUGUCCGAGGAAACUGUGUCUAUGGCUGAAGACCAAGGUUAGGGAACAACACCAUGAUAUUUGAAAAUAAGAAACAUUAUUUUUUAUCAAUGAAAAUGAAGCAAUCUGAUUGGCUGAGGAGCCUUUCAGAGCGGGCCUGUUUUUUGCAUCCGGCUCGCUCUGAAAUGCAACUGCCCGCUGUGAAAUGCCCGCCCUGGUUUUCGCGGCAAAAACCGAGCAGUGAAACAAUUUUUAAACGAAAAAAUUUGCCAAAAACGUUUGAUAAACAUAGCCUAAUGAUAGUCAGAAUACGAAAAUUAAUUCCAUCAAGCCCUAAAGGCUUCAUAUUAAAGCACGAUGUUCACCAGAAUUGACAAUAUUAUGUGAUAGAAAUGCGACUGAAAGUCGGAAAGUCAUAUGACAUGUACAAAACUUACGUCGAGAAAACUAUAUAUUUCUUAAAUGCUCAUGCAUGUAUUCGGCCACUUAAAAGCGAAAAAAUUACAGCUUAAACAGAUAUUGCAAGAUAAAUGUUUUCCCAUUUAAAAAAAGGUUUAACUGCAGCAGUGAAAACAACUUUAAAAAGUCGCGAAUAUAUUCUCUACCCAUUUGUGUCAUGUAUUUUUCACUGAUAUAAAUAUUGUAAACAACGUAAAAGUUUGUGUUUAAAAACAUUUUUUCAAUCAUAUUAUCGUAAAACGACAGGGAAAAAUACAAAAAUAUAAAAAUAACAUACCUUUUUCAUUGUCCUUUUAGUAGAAAAUCAAAACACUCAGAUUCAUUUUGAUAUGUUUUUGUACGGAUGUGAACAUGAACCUGUCGUUGUCAGGAGCAACUGAUUUUGUCAAAGCCAAAGCCAAAAAGCCAGGCAUGAAAGUUUUUAUUCCAAAGCUUCUCUGCUACUAUAUUCAUGAAAAAAGCAUGUACAUUUUUACUGAAAUUAUACGUCGUUGUGCGUGUUUCUUGCCAGUUCUCGAGUUUUCGUAUGCGUGUUUUAUAUCUUUCAAUUUUUUUCAGCCUCGCUUUGAAAAUAGUAAAAUACACAACUGCACUGAUCUCAAAUUAAUUCGCAAGCAACACUGGAAAUUUAAUGAAUUUAAUUUUUACAUUUUAUAAAAAUAUAAACACGUAAUCUACCGGCAGCGUCGGUCCGGAUGAUCGCAGCCGGUAAAUAACAUAUAUGUAUCGUUAUUACUCAAAGUAGCUACUUUUUAUCAUGCCAAACUGCUUAUGGUGUUUUAGGCAAGCCUGCUGCACCAACCAAGCUGAAAUUUACUGAUAAAACUGAGGACAAAAUUCAAAUAAGUUGGAGUCAGCCAACAGGAGCAAAGUAUUUUGACAUAAAUGGAUACAUUGUCGGCCACAAGACCAUAUCCGAUACGCAAUACAAGACACAGAGAAUUUUAUCAAAUUCUUUAAAUCUGGUCUUAAAUAAUCUGGAGAGUGAUACAUUUUACGUAUACGUAAUCAAAGUGCACGGAUUUAAUAAAGAUGGUGAUGGAGAACAUAGUGAAAUCGAAGUCAAAACUGAACCUUCUGGGAAAUCGAGUAAGUAUCAGAAAAGAUUGUUUUCAAAAGUAUCAGGGACCAGUUGUUCAAAGAUCGACUAAUGCUAAUUAUGGGCUAAAAUUUAACCCAUUGCUGUGGUUAUGUACAGUACUGAUCAUAAUUAUUUGAACACUUGAAAUACAGUACUAACAUCUUUUCAUAAGUGAACUGAAACAUUUAGUGAAAUGAGUAAUUUACUUCAAAUUUUUAAAACCCAAGGACAUUGAAAGACUUAUUUAUCGGUAAUAAAUUGCUUCACUCUUCAUAAUACAACCUAACAGCCUUAAUUUAAUAUUUGGUGUGGCUAUUUUUUGCUUUUAUGACUGCUCUGCAAUGUUCUGGCAUACGGACAAUGGAAGGCUUUCCCAGCAUCGUUUAAGUUCUAACCAAAGCGUUUCUUUUGUUUUUUACACGCAAUUUGUCAAGUUUACGGCGAACUAGUUCCCAAAUUUGCUCAAUAGGAUUCAGGUCUGGCUUGUGCUGGCCAAUUCACGAUUGUUAAAACACCUGCAGCGUCUCUUCUUAAAUAGUUUCACGAAUUUUAAAUAGUUUCACGGUUUGACGAAUGUUUAGGAUCGUUAUCUUCUUGAAAAACAAAAUUAUUACUAAUUAGCCGGAGACCGGACGGUACUGCAUGCUUAGACCCGACGGUACUGCAUGCUUACUCCUUAUUGUUCCACGGAAAGGAUGGAGACAUGUUUAAAGAAUUUCUGGUGAGUGUUUUGGAACAAACAAAGGUGCAGCAUACAGACUGUUUAUCCCCUACAGUUGCGGAUGCGUUGCUAGAAACCGAGCCUCCCCUAGUCGAAUCAAUCAAAACUGUUAGUGAAAAUAACGUUGAUCCUAACCAAUCUCCCCCAGAGAACCAUACUUGCGCCUGUAGAUCUUAUACUGCAAAUCUAAAAGAUGUCAAAUUAGACAUUUCAGUUAUACAAAAACAAAUAGAAUCUAUUAAUCGGGUCAUAGAUUCCACAAACAAUAUUAUAGAAUCUAUGAGUGUUAUCUUGAGCCCCUCAGGCACGGAAAGCCAUCAAAUAUCCUAUGACCUUAGAGUUGAAACAUUGCUCAGAGAGUUUUCGUCAAUUUUAAACGAAAAAAACAGAGAAUUGGAGAAACGAGAUAAUAUUAUUAAUAGUCUUCAAGAAAAAUUAAUCAAGGUUGAAAGCGAAUAUCAAAAUGUUGAAUCCCUAGUUGCAGAACGCCAUGAACAAGAACAAUGCCAGCACAAUAGAAAUCAUAAUUGGCUUAUUCAUAAUGAGAGCAGAAGCAAUUUACCUAAUGCUCAGGCGGAUGAUUCCACUAUAAAUAUGCAAAAUCAAGAAAAUAAUGAAAAUUUACAUCUGGUCAAUAACAAAGAAAUUGUCCAAAUUAAAACUUUUUCUGAUAAGGAUCAAUCGCCCCCUACACGAAAGGUUAAAUCCGGACUUAAAGAUUCGGUCGAGCUGAAACUACAACCUGUGCCACACGAACCACCUACCUCUAGAUCUAAUGAACGCUCUCAACAGGUUUUUCUGCCCUUAAUGAGUAGCAUACCUACAGGUCUGCUACAGUUGAGUAAACAACAGCCGCAAAGUUCCUAUAAGGACAUAGCUAACAGCGCACCUGAAGAUACUGGUGAAGGGAAAAUGCAAUCUAAAGCUACUAAGGACGAUCGAAUGUUAUUUCCACCUUUCAAACUCAGCUCACACCAACCGCAACCACGACGUCCACAACCGCAUAUAAAUUAUUCUCGGACUCGCCCUCGUACUAGACCAGCUCAAACACGAGACCGGCAUAAUUCCCGGGCUACUACCCCACAAUGGCACCUCAGACAAAAUACUCCCCUUGUUUCGGUGAAUAGGCAGGCAAAUUUUCGGAAGAGCCGCUUAAAGCACAGACCCCCUGGCUGGAAAGAAUUUCUUGUCUUAGUCAGCCAAAUAACCAGGACGCAAUAACGAAGUUGAAUAAGAUCCCUGUGAGAAUUACAUCUAAUCGGACACGUAAUUGUAUAUCAAGGCACAAUGUCCCUAAUUCACGCACAAAUAACUCUAAUCUAAUUGAAAUAAUACCUGAAAUGAACGCAUCUGGUCAAAAUAAGCAUACAACUACGUCCAAGAACAGUUCUAUCGCAGCCAAUAAAUGUGGUCUUCAAAAAUCGAAAAUUAAUAUUGCACUUAGGGAUUUAACAGAAAUUUCAGAAUCUGGUUUUCAUCAGUUAUGGUUACAAAUUCAGCAUAAAAAAUUGAAAUCUUUUCUAUUAUGCGUUUGUUACCGACCUCCAGAUAGUCCUGUAUCUUGUUUUACCAAUAAUUUUAUGGAUAAUUAUAUCAAAGCACUCACUUUUGGUAAAGAUAUCAUAAUUGCUGGAGACUUAAAUUGCGACUUGUUAAAGACAGCUCAAGAGGCAAAGGCUUUGAAUGAUUUUUGUCACUGUUUAAAUUUGACACAGUUAAUUGAUAAACCGACGAGGGUCACGUCACGUUCGUCAACGCUUAUUGAUGUCAUGAUGACUUCAAAUAAAGAUUUGAUUGCAGAAAUUGGAGUGCUUGAAACCUAUAUUAGUGAUCAUUUUCUGGUUUACUGUUCACUCAAACUAAAGUUGAUAAAACCGCAUCCAAUUUGCAUCACUGCAAGGAGUUAUAAGCAUUACGACCGAAACCAAUUCCUCUGUGAUUUGGCAUGCAUUCCGUGGCAUGAGAAUUUAUUUGUUGAAAAUGUAAAUGAUAAACUGUCGCAUUUUGAUAGUAAUUUUCAAAAUGCAUUGGCUAGGAAUGCACCAAUUAAGACAAUGAAAAUAAGACAUCGACAAGUACCAUUUGUUGACGAUGAGAUCAAAGAACUGAUGAAAAAUAGAAAAAGAUUACACAAAUUUGCUCGUCUAACCCGAAUGCCAUCUGAUUGGGAGAAAUAUCGUGCGCUUCGAGAUAAAGUUAAAUGUAAGCUACGCCAAGCAGAAAAAGAUUAUGUACACAAUGAAAUAUAUAAUAACCCAAAUAUAGCAUCGAUGUGGAAAGUCAUCAGGAACUGCGUUCCACGUAAAGAGACCACGAAACCAAGUUAUUCCGGAGAUGUUAAGAAAUUAGCUAAUAAAGUCAAUACCUUUUUUACCUCAGUGGGGAUAAAUACAUCAGCAACUGCAUUGGCAUUGCUUACUGAACAUGGACUACCCAUACUGAAUCCACCAACAUCUACCGAAAUACCUGAGAUCGAUCAGUUUUAUUUCCAUUCAGUAUCGUGUAGUGAAAUAAGUAGGGUUGUUAUGUCCUUUUCAUCAAAUAAGGCACCAGGAUUUGACAAAGUAUCAAUGGCUGUGAUCAAGGACGCCUUGCCGUACAUCCUUCCUACACUUACGCAAAUUGUUAAUUGUUCCCUGGAAACAGGUGUUUUCCCAACAGCCUGGAAGAAAGCAGAGGUUAUCCCACUUCUGAAGGAAGGGGAUUAUGAAAUUCCGAAUAAUAAUCGGCCCGUGUCGUUGUUAGUGGCUGCAUCUAAGAUCUGUGAACGCGUGGUAUUGAAACAGCUAACAGAGUAUAUGACAAAGAAGAAAAAUUUACUAAACAUCAAAGUGGAAAUAGGAAGUUACAUUCAACCGAAACAUUAAACAUAUUCAUCUCAGAUUUAAUUCUCCAGUCCAUGGAUCGUAGAGAAGUGACUGCUUUACUCUUACUGGACUUGUCUAAAGCUUUUGAUAGCUUAGAUCAUUCCAUUCUGCUAAGAAAACUUUCGAAUAUUGGAAUCUCGAAGCCUGCGUUGUUUUGGUUUAAAAGCUAUUUGACAGGCAGGUGCCAAUCAGUACGUAUUGCGUCAGUGUUAUCUGAUGAAUGUGAAAUAACUCGCGGUGUUCCGCAGGGAUCGAUACUGGGUCCGGUGUUAUUUAAUAUAUAUAUCAACGACUUGCCUGGUGUACCCAAGGAGUCCAAUUUGGAGUCGUACGUGGAUGACUCAAAAAUAUAUUUAGCAUUCUCAAUCAGGGAUGCCGAGUUGGCAGCUAUGAAACUCACUGAAGACAUGCGAAGAAUUACCGCCUGGUGCUGUCUUAACAGUUUAUUGGUGAAUCCAGAAAAAACUAAGUUGCUUAUAUUAGAUACUAGGCAAAUGUUAGAACAGGAACCUGAAAAUUUUCAAAUAACUAUCCUUGGUGAGAAUAUUACUCCAGUUGCUGUUGCAAAGGAUUCAGGGAUGAUAUUGGACUCAUGUUUGAGCUACGACGAACAUAUCGCAAGCGUUGUUUCAUCUUGUAUCGCUGGACUGGGCCAAAUUAGCAGU